AUGUCUCCACUCCCCAAAGUCCUCGAUAUCGUCUCGAGGGAGGCCAUCAAUCUCGGAAACUACCUAUCAUCACGAGACGAAAUAGGUCAAGCAACACAGAACGAUGCGCACCCAGGAAUCUCGCAUCCCGAGCUGUCAAAAGACCCCAUGGCCAACCCUCAGAUCCCAUUUCCAAUGAUCAUCAUCCUCAUCGGCAUUGUCCUUCUCGGUAUCAUCGCUGGUAUGACGGGUUCGUGGGAAAACCGCAACUCGAAGUAA